CAAGAUAACGAACACAUCGAUGAUGAUGAUGAUGUGAUAACUAGGCCUACAAGCGGCCUACAGAGUGGUAAGUAGAAUAAAUAACUUUUGUAUUGAACUGUUAUGAGAUUUUUUAGAAAAAAACGGUAUUUUCCGGCUCUUAUCCUUAAUAGCCCUUAAUCAACUCAAUGGCGACUCUGAUGAAAGUGGGAGCGGCGAGGACUCGCUAAGUAGCAAAAACAGCACCGACAACUCAACAAUAACAGGAGAAAAACAAAAAUCUUCCUCAAGAUAGAGGAGAACAGAACGAGACAAAAGGUAAGACGCAUUUUACUGUAAAAUUUACUCACAUAACCUUUGAAAAUUGAUGGUGAUGGCGAUGACGACGACUGUGGUGUUGGCGGUGGCAGCAGUGGUGGGGGCAUAAAAUGAAGAUUAUGAUGAUGACUUACGACAACAUAAACAUUAUUUUACUUUACUGUAGGCUACAUCUGUUUUGUGGUACUCUAAACAAAAAUUUGCACUUCUUACUUAUUUUUAGGUAAUCAAAAUGAUAAAAUUGCGAAACAAACCAUCCCCCAGACUGGUCAAGGUAAGUAACUUAGCUGCGAAUGAUGUGCAGUCGGAAAAACAUAUCCAAAAUUAACGGUUAUACUGCGACACACAACGUUAAUUUUAUCUUCCAAAUUUAUUUUUUAGCUUGUUGCUUACUAAAAACCUGACUACUCUUAUUUUCAGAAAGCAGCCAAAAUGAGACAUUGUCGGACAUUCCUGAUGAGUCUCAGAUGAAUGGUAGGUAUAAUCAUUAUUAGGGCAAUAAGAAAAUUAUCACCUGACAGGUCCUCUGUUCAUCUGACUAGCUAAUGGCAUAGCGUAGCCUAUAUCUUGAGGAGAAAACGUUAAACAUCUUAAAUAAAACAUAAAAUGACUCUAUGAAUAUUUCUAUCAAAGCCGAUAGCUACUCUCUUGUUGUAUACUAUUGCAAUUGUAAACUAAAAAAAGGCAAUUUCUGGCGAUGUAUGUUCGAAGUAUUUAUUGACAAAUAUCCGCAUUUUUCUCUACUCGCUAUCUACAUUAAAUAAAGUACACCAGCUAAUAGGAAUAUGGAAUUUACAAUGGAACACUAAUGAAAUUUUGUUUAUGAGAGUGGGGGUGUGUGGCAAUCGUCUGUAAUAUUUCUGAAUCAAAAUGCAUAAAUUAAUAAAAAUCAAAUUUUAAGGGUAUUCCUGUGCCUUUUAAGGGUAUUCCUGUGUCUUGAAAUUCUCCCCUUUGUUUAUCAGUGGUACCAUAAAUUAAGCCCUUCUGGUUUUGUUAAUUUUUUUAAUCCAGUAUCUUCCAUUCAUUCCUAUUAUACACGUUAAUCACAGAAUGAUAAUGUGUUUGCUAAAUCGGUUCAUACCACUCAAUAUUCGUCACCGUUACACUAGUACCAACCUUCUUUUUCCAUUGAUAUUAGCAAAAUCAAACUGUUUUCCAGUUUUCGUCAAAAUAUCACGAAUUCUAUGAUUGAUUGUUAUAAUACUGUUUUAAUUCCUGAAGUGUUAUUAUUAUAUUACCUUUAACUACUAUUUAAUUAAUGAGGUAAUACUUACUUUUUAUCUAAAAGAACCAUUUUGCCGCUAUAUUCCUUCCACUCUUAUUCUUGUUUGGGGUUACGUACUUGGUUAGUUCUACGAACUAUUUAGGUGUCCCAAACUCUGCACAAAUAACCUAAAAUUGAAAAUAUUCUUUUCCUUCGCAUUUUUUUAUUUUUUUAUUUUAAAAGCACUGAUUUCUAUAAAUUAGUAAUCUGUGUGAAUUUAAAUGAAAUUGACUUGACGAAUUGACUUGAAAAAAAUUGAAGUUUGAAUACUCCAUUUAACUGUAUUAAUUAUCAUCGUUAUUUUCUGUUUGUUCAGAAAUCUUCAAAAUCAAUCAUCAGUAAGUGACUGAUGAUUCUCAGCAAGAGAGAACAGCUCAUUCUCUCUUAUUCUCAGACAAAUGGUAUGCACACCCUUCUUGUGCGUGCUGUAGGCUAUACUCACCGAUUAUCACUGAAAAUUAUAACAUAUUUGAUAUAUAUUUGUAUUUCAAACAGCAAACAGCUUUGCAAAGAAUGAAACUGCAGCUAAUCAAACACAAUCAUCUGCUAACAAUUCAACAGGUUAGACCCAACAAACUUUACGUUUCCUAAGGAUGUCCUUAAAGUUUAUUCCAUGAUUGACAAUAGCUUAACUUUUUGUUGGCAAACUACAAACUACUCCUAGUUCUGGAAUCUUUACACGGUACUGUCUCUUUACAGAAUUUCAGUGUCCCGCGUGGUCUCCAUUGUCACGCGUGGCAUCCUUUAGCCACUGAGUAAAAAAAAAUUGUUCUUUUGUUUUCAAGCUUAUUUCAAUCAAUUUUUCGCCUUUUUUGCCGUAUUCAAGAUGGAAGAAGUUUUCGCCUGUUACGCUAUCUACUGUACUUUAAUAAAAAAAAUCACAAUUAGAUUGCUAUAUGAAGUGUUGCAGAGGAAUAGGCCUUUUGCAAUAGUUAAUUACAUGAUCAACUUUCCGUAAACUCGAAAACAAUUCCAUUCCUUAGCGGGGAGUGAAAAAGCACGUAAAAAUUGCUUACCAUUAAAUUUUCAACCGUAUACCCGAAAGUAGUGAUUGCAACGGCCGCCGAAAAUUGGAAGGGUUUGUAUCAGAGAAACAACUCUAUGCACCCAGUCAAGGGUUAAGUGGUUUUUCAUAGAAAUCUGGCUUGUAAAUUUUGAAAAUUUCGAACUGUCGUUAAAUCAUCCCCUUACAUCACGGGGCUUAAAUUGUCUGUUAUAAUCAAAUAAAAAUUUGAGCCUCGUAGUGCUUAAGGAAAGUUUUCAUUUUUAAAGAUAUUUAGCGAGACCCUUGAAGCGUCACUGUCUGUUUUUACUAGUGUCCAAUGACCUUUCAUCAAAUUUAAACGAACAAGAGAAGAUAUCGCUUAUGAAGAUAAAACCUAUUAUAAACCAAGGUAUGUGAAACAAAUUCUACUAUUUAUACUUUUUACAAUGUGAUUUUUUUAAAAAAUUUUGGUCAGCAUACCUUAAAUAUUAUUAGUUGCAUAUCUCUUAACCCAUCUUUGUGAACAAUACGAAGACGACACAAUUUACGAAUACGUGGAAAACCUAGGACCAUAGACAUCUGAAACAUAAAAAUUCAACUUUUUACAAGCAAUUUUUCUACCUUAAACAAUUUUGUACCUUGGGUACCAGAGGAUUUUUUUCUCUCGUGCGACUAAACGGUUCGCUGUCGACUGCAGACCGAAACCGCAUAUGAAAAAUCUCUGGCACCCUGGCACCCUGGCACCCAGGGUAACAAUUGUGUGGCAUUCAUUACACGUUAAUUCUCAUUAACUGUUUUAUUGGCUGAUUGCAGGAUCGUGCCCUAUGUUAGAGACCCUAAGCUGUCUCAACCUGCUUUAUUCCUAUCCUUGCAAUAGACGAUUGCUUGGAGAGUGGAAUGACCUGUUGCCAGACCAAAUGCAUUUAUGGCAAGAGGAUGUGCGUCCCUCGAGGUAGGAUUCAACAUUACAAAAAUCAAAAUAUGCAUAACCCGGGAAUCAACUCAUGGGUUUAUUUAUUUUGUUUAUUUGUUUUUUCUUUGUUCCAUUCGUUAAUUCUUUUUAAAUGCAGCUUCAUUACUCCCUCUUAGCUUUACGGUGGACAAUCCAAGUUAUCAAAGCCAAAGUUUUUUGUUUUUAUUCGCAAAUAUCAGGAGCGUUGUGUCUUAAGAAGGCAAUUCCUUUUGUCGUUCUUACACUCUGUUUACAAGUAAACAUUACGGCGCCUGAAGUAGGAUAUUAUCCUUAUAUUAAGAUUUACCCCAACAGAGUGCCCACCCCAGAUCAAAAGGCAGCAUAUACAUGUGUCGCUGUUACAGUGAUAUAGGCAUCCCCAUUCCCAAUGAUCGAUAACCCUAAGGAUAUGGGCAUCCCCUGUAGCUUUAACCCUAACAGCAACCCAAGUCGCUAAGGUAAUAUGAGAAGGGAUGCCCAUAUUACCAGAGUUUUGGGAAUGGGGAUCCCAAAACGCCGGACGCUAAGGUAAUAUGAAAAGGAGAUGCCCAUAUCAGUAGAGUCUUUGGAAUGGGGAUGCCCAUAUCAAUGUGACAGCGACACUUUAUAAACGACAAAGAAACUGGGCUGCUUUUGCAAAGAUUUCUGAGAUCGUUACCAGGGGCGCGCUAUUCAGCUAUAGGCCAAUUUCUUAUCUCUGUCCUCAAUAAAAGUCCCAGACGUCUUCGCGAAAGUUAACUUGCCGCAGUUUCCUUCUGGUUUCUAAAAUGGGGAUUGGGUGGCGACUUGCCGAGUUCUAAAGCAAAAAUCACACAUUUUUACUUUAGUUUUCCUUUAUCGGAUGACCUAGUAAUUCUUUCUUUUUCCCUGUUUUCGAUGCUUUUCUUCCACGUUGAUUUCUUGAUUUUUAUUUCAUUUCAAUAUAGUAUCAGCAGUCUGCCCUUUGAGAACUCCAUAUUACACGGCUUUCAAGCCAUGCAAAGACUCAGGAGACUGUGGAACAGGAAGAGUGUGCUGCUUAGACAUGGCAGGAAGGCAUUACUGUCAUCAGUCCAGCUCCGUCGAGUAG